AUGAAGUGCUUGAACAAUCGGGCUGACAGCCACCUCACCGGGAAGGUGGAGUGCGAGUUGGACGGUUUAGGAAAUGGGGGCUGGGUGAACCAGGGCUUCUGUGGUUCCCCUCCAUCCCUGCCUCGAGCUGUCAGCACCAUCUACAACCCCCAGCCAGUCUUCCCGGGCUGUACUGACAACAUCUGCAAAGUGGACACCCCCAGCCAUUUCCUGGAGGAACCAGAUUCCCUCAACCGGAGCCUGGUAAAGAAACGUCCAGGUUGCUGCUCCUUUAUCAAAGGGUUGUGGGGCACCACACUGACGGAGAACACCUCAGACGACAGGGAGCUGUUUGUACGAACCACACUGAGGGAGUUACUGGUCUAUCUGGUGUUCCUGGUGGAUAUAUGUCUUUUAACGUAUGGUAUGACCAGCUCAAGCACCUACUAUUACACUAAAGCCAUGACGGACCUGUUUGUGAAUACAGCUGGUGACAGCGGGGUUAAGUUUCAGUCCAUUAGCUCUAUGGCCGACUUCUGGAUUUACACCCAGGGCCCACUGCUGGAUGGCCUGUACUGGACUAAGUGGUACAAUAACCUGUCGCUGGACAACGGAGACCAGUCCUUCAUCUACUAUGAGAACAUGCUACUAGGUGUCCCCAGGAUGAGGCAAAUCAAGAUUAAGAGCAACUCCUGUAAGGUCCACAAAGACUUCCAAGAUGAGAUCAGCGGAUGUUUUGAUGUCUACAAUGAGAAGAAGGAGGAUGACCUUAACUUUGGUCUCAUCAAUGGCACUGCGUGGACAUACCACACAGAGAAAGAGAUCAGGGGCUCUUCUCACUGGGGCUUGUUGACUACAUACAGUGGAGCGGGGUACUAUCAGGAUCUGAGCAGGACCAAAGAAGGGAGCGCCGCCAUACUAACAGAGCUGAUAAACAACUUAUGGCUGGACCGCGGUACCAGAGCGGUCUUCAUCGACUUGUCCACUUAUAAUGCUAACAUCAAUAUGUUCUGUGUCAUCAGGUUGCUGGUUGAAUUUCCUGCAACUGGUGGAGCUAUCUCCUCGUACCAGAUAAGAACGGUCAAACUGAUCCGCUACGUCGCCUACUGGGAUUACUUCAUCCUCGCCUGUGAGCUGGUCUUCUGCUUGUUCAUCCUUUAUUACAUUGUUGAGGAGAUUCUCGAGCUUCGCAUCCACAAGUUCUCCUACUUCAAAAGCAUCUGGAACAUACUGGAUAUUGUUGUCAUACUGCUUGCCAUAGUCGCAAUCAUUUUCAAUGUCUUUCGCACGAUCAAAGUGGACAACUUACUCAGCAAACUUCUGGAGCAUCCCGACAUCUAUCCAGAUUUCGAAUUUUUGGCAUUCUGGCAAACACAAUACAACAACAUGAAUGCAGUGAACUUGUUCUUCGCAUGGAUCAAGGUUUUCAAGUACAUCAGUUUCAAUAAGACCAUGACUCAACUGUCCUCCACUCUGGGCCGCUGUGCUAAAGACAUUAUGGGGUUUGCCAUCAUGUUCUUUAUAGUUUUCUUUGCCUACGCCCAGCUCGGAUAUCUGCUGUUUGGAACUGAGGUCGAUUCCUUCAGCACCUUCGUCAAGUGCAUCUUCACACAGUUCAGAAUCAUUCUCGGAGACUUUGAUUACGAUGCUAUCGAGCGGGCUAACAGAGUCCUCGGGCCGAUCUACUUUGUCACUUAUGUGUUCUUUGUCUUCUUUGUCCUGCUGAACAUGUUUUUGGCCAUCAUAAAUGACACAUAUUCUGAAGUCAAGGAAGAGCUCUCAUCGCAGAAAGAUGAACUGCAGAUAAGCGACAUCAUCAAACAGAGCUAUAUGAAGACAUUUAUGAAGCUGAAACUUAAAAAGGACAAAAUAUCAGAUGUUCAAAAAGCCCUUCGGUCUGGAUCUGGAGAAAUUGAAUUCAAGGACUUCAGGGAGACCCUGAAGGAGAUGGGGCAUGCUGACCAUGAAAUAUCUGCAGCUUUCUCUCAGUUUGACUGUGAUGGCAACCAAAUUCUGGACCAAGACGAGCAAGAGAAGAUGAAAAUAGAGCUGGAGGAAAAGAGGGAUGCCCUUAGUGCUGAACUCAACAAUCUGGGGGUGGACUAUGGUGAAGACUCACUGGAAGAGCCCUCCAACGCUGGCAGCAAGCAGAAGAAAACAAACCCCAGUCAAACCACGGUGGAACAAGAGGAGCUUCAAAGGUUGGCCAGACAGGUUCUCCAACUUGAAAGCUGUGUAGUGGCAAUAAUGUCGAAGACUGAGUGGAUUAUGGAGAAACUGGGAGGACCAGAAAGGAGUGAGGGGAAGGAACCGAAUGAUCGCGCUGCCUUUGAUGGGAACGUCCUGGUACGUCCAGAGCGAGGGCCGAGAGCCGACGUGUCAUCCCAGAGACCAACCACUCCUGCAUGCUCCACUUAUUGUCAUUUAUAA